UUGUCGUCAGCAUUGUGCGGGUCUACGGGCUGUUCUGAUGGUCACAGGUUUACGCUCACUCAGCUGUACAAAGGGCAUGCGGGGUGUUUCUUUGGUCAAAAAGACAAAAAAAACAGGUGUGACAUUCUCAAGCAAAUAGCAAUAUUCCAAUGGCAGAAGCAAGAGUGGAGAUUUAAGAGGGAGGAUUCUGCGAUAACUUGCUAGAGUGUUGUGUGCUCGGACCUUAUUGCAGAGUCAUAAAACAUACAUGGAGGAACAACUGUAGGACAAUGAUGAGAAAAAAGAAGAAGAAUCAUCACUGGUAAUGGAUAAGUAAGACAUUAUGCGAUCGCUGCAGAUGAUGCCUGUGUACAUGUUGGACAAUCUGAUAAACUUGGAUGGUUAUGGAGAUUGGAACAAAUGCAGGCAUCAAGGAGAGGCAACUUGUUUCAGAGUCACUAUCAAGGAAAUCAUAGACAAGCCCCAGCACUAGUAGUACUACUACUACUACAAACAAUCCUUGCAUCAGUCAGUCCGCGACCUUGCAUCAGCUUUUCGUUUCCAGUUUCAGAAGCAGUCAAGCACAUUUUCAGCAAUCCGAAAUGGAUAGAGUAAGAGAAUUGGCAUCAAUGAAGGCAGCAGUGAUAUUCACAAAGAGCACAUGUUGCAUGAGCCACAGCAUCAAGACACUGUUUUACGACCUUGGUGCAAGCCCUGCGAUUCAUGAGCUUGAUCGCGACGAUAGGGGGAAGGAAAUGGAGCGCGCUCUACAAACGCUGGGGUGUAAUCCCACCGUACCAGCUGUGUUCAUAGGUGGAAGAUUUGUAGGAUCAGCAAGAGAUGUAUUAUCCCUUCAUCUUGAUGGGUCUUUGAAGCAGAAGCUCAUAGAUGCCAAUGCCAUCUGGUUUUAGUGAUAUAGGUCUAAUACUACCUGAUGACAGCAACACUGUGUAUUAAGGGAUGCUUUUUGUUAAGUUCCCUUAGUUUAGGUUUUUGUAUGUUAAAAUCUGACUAUAUCUAUGCUAUGAUAUCCCGGACUCUUCACUUACCCUGCUAUACUCGUGUCGGGUAUGUAUGACUCAUGUAUUGGUAUGAUAGCCGGACUCUUCAUUUUACGUUUCCUUUCUCUAUGACAACUUUCAAUUUGAAGAACCGAACACUGAUAUGUACUCAUACCCGAGUCUAGGUAUCAUGGUAUCUAUGCAUAAAAGAUUGCAAACAGAACUGUAAUAUGUGAAAUUAUUCCAAUGCUUUGUUUCAAGAGGAAUUCUAGUGAGUUUCUUUCA